GUUACGGAGCGACGUACUGUUCUUUCUCGAGGGCUGGAAAAAAAUACAACACGGACGCGCACACACACUUACACACAAAAUAUAAUGUGUGCUUAAACCAGGAAGGGGGACCAGACGGAAGACAAAUUUAAAUGUCUACAACUAUAGAAGAAAUGCAUUCUUUUCCGAUGGAAGGAUUUUUUUGCGUUCAUUCUGUUUUGCAGGGGCUGAGCGGGGAUUAAAUAGAUCGCGUGCCUGGUUGGAGAUUUUUUUUAUGUGUGUGUGUGUACACACAUACACACAAGGUACAAUAUAUUUAAACAUGGGAAGGAUGUUUUAAGAAGGAGGGAGAUAGUGUGUGUGUGGGGACUGCGAGCAGCGGCAGGCAGGCCGGCCGGAGCAGGAUGGAGUGAAGCUGAAGGGCAACAUUUGUAUCGGAUCGACGAUCGGGAGAAUUGAUACAAAAAGAGGGUCGGAUUUUUUGGAGCGUCGAAGUUGUCACACCCGGAGCUAAAAGUCUCAAGCUUCCAAAAAAGAAAUCGACCCUCCACGCCGCCUCGCUGGAGGAGGACAAAAAAAACAUUUAUCUCCCUCCCCUCCCCUUUCUCUCUCCACGUUUUAUUAUUUUCAUUUUUUUUAAUUUUUUUUUUUCAUGCUGAACGUUUUGAGCAAAGUCGCGCCGCUCGCCGAAGAUGGGGGACGCUUAUGACCCCGAGCACCCGACCGAGGCUUAUGCCUCCCCACUCCCUCCGUCGCCCACGAGGGAAGGCUGGACUGAACUACAGAUGUCGCCAGAACUCUCCACGCCUCUCCAAGCUCAGACCAUGGGAGACUUGCUUGCAAUGGGAGAAGACGAGAAUUCAGUCAAAUCGGACAAUCUAUCCCUAUUGAGUGCACUCAAGGCCCAAGCAUCGAAAGGUUGCAGUCGCUUUCUCCCGAAGGGCACCAAGGCCAAGGUCAACCUUGAGGACCAGGGGCGUCAGAAGGUGUCUUUCACCUUCAACGUGACAAAGACUUUGCGCAAUAGGUUCCAAAGUGCCAUUGGGUCCGAGUUGGACGAGGUCAAGACUUCACCUCCGUCAUUGCCCCCGCUGUCCAUGAGAGGGAGCCAGGAUAGUAAAAGUGAUUCGGACUCUGCCGACGUUCCGGAGACUGCAAAAUCGCCGUCGCCCAAGUCGAAGGUGGAAUGGAGCAAGGUGCACUUCAAGAAGAAGCAUCUGAACGAUGCAGCCAAACCUCUGAGCGUCUCGGACAGGGAGCAGUGCAGCUCAUCAGUGGAGGAACCAAUGGACACGUCCAUCAAGACAUUGUGUUCAGGAGGAACCGAAACUAUGAUAAAGGCAGCUGAUGAAACAAAACCAUCCAUUCAGAAUCUCGGCACGGCCCACCUUGGGAAAGGAGAGAACGAGGAGGAGUUCAGGAAUGCCUCCUCGUCUUCUGGAAAUGAGGAACCGACGAAAGUUGUUCAGGCAGAGGAGGUUGUGCAAGCAGUCUCGGCCGACUCUGACUCUGAGGUGGAUUUGCUGAGGAAGUCGCCUAGUUUGAAGUCGCACGAGGCGAAGAAUGCUGAAUCGGGUCGAGAGGUUAAGAAACAUCCAGUGGCUUCCAGAACCGACGAGGUGGAAAAGGUGCCUUCCCAUUCCAAGUCCGAGCGAGACCGGAGAAGCAGUGGCCGCUCCAAGUCUGAUCGAGAUACAAGGAGGACUUCAUCCCACUCAAAGUAUGGAAGAGAAGAGAGGCUGACUUCGUCUCGAUCUCGCUCCGACAGAGAUUCAAGGGCACCUCCUUCCUACUCCAAGUCAGACUGGUCGAGGAGCUCGCACCAUUCCGAGAAGGACAGACAUCGCCGCGGUUCCCCUCACUCGGAAAGGAGCAAAUCUUCCCGAACCAAACUGUGCGCCGAUUUAAGAGAAGCUUCCUCUUGUUCUGAUUCUGAGGAAGAUUCUAGAAGGUAUCACCCGCGGUCAAAUUACCUGAGAAGGACUUCAUUGCGUUCUAAAUCAUACAGAGAUUUGAGGAAAUACCAGUCACGGCCAGAUAGAGAUGUGAGGGCAACAUCAUCCUGCUCUGAAUCAGAGAGAGAGACCAGAAGGACUAAGUCUCAUUCUAAAGUAUCGAGGGUACCUGCGUCGUGUGUCGACUCGGAAAGCUCUAAAGUUAAUUCUUCCGAACUAGAGCCAGAUUCUAAAAAAUUGUCCAAAUCUGACUGUCAUUCAAAAAUCCCUUUGUGUCAUUCAAAAUCAUCGGCUUCCUGUCAUAAAGCUGAGGCGGCCCGAACCAACUUGUCUGAUCUGGAAUCGGACUGCAGGAAGCUCUCCAAAUCCGAGGGCCACCUGAGGACUACUUCAUCUCAUUCCAAAUCCCCAAUCUCUUGCCAUGAGGGUUCAUUAAAGAAGGCCUCCCCAGGACCAGAGGUGGACUUGAAAUGUUCCAAGCUCGACAGUAACUCCCAGGCAGCUCCAUCUCAUUCCCAGAUUUCCACUUGUUGCGGCACAGGAGCUACUCCGGGCGAUUCCCCGGAGCUGGAAGCCGAUUCUCGGAGUCUCAAGCCAGAUAUUAAUUUACGGACAUCUCCGCAUAAUUCUAGAUCUACCAAUUGUCAUCAAAUGGAGGUGGUCAGAAUGGACUUUUCCGAACCAGAGUUGGAUUCGUGGGCCAACAGCACGUCGGAGAAGAACGUAAUGGUGACGCGCUCUCGCGCUAAAUCCAGUGCGUUUUGUGAGGCGGAGGUGGUUGCAAUGGAUUCUGCGGAGGCUGAACUGGACUCGUGGGCAAACAGUCGGUCAGAUAAGAACUCAGUCAUCACCCCGUCCCAUUCGGAGUCGCAUCCUUCUUUGGAAAUUACGUUAACUAAAGUGGGCUCUUCUGAUCCGGAUACCGAGUUAGACCCUUGGGAAUGCAGUCGGUCAGAUCGGAAGGCGAGAAUAAAUGUGUCGAGUUCUCGACCGCAUAAGAUACGGACUUUGCCUCUAUUUCCGUCUGACAGGGAAUUAAGAAGGACUUUGUUCUCCGAGUCAAACGAUGACUUUGGUGAAGUUGCUGAACUGCGCGAGUCGGGGACAACACAACAUGUUCAUCGAUCAGACCAUGUUUGUUCCUCACUUAACCACCAACCUAACAAUUCCGUCAGCACUUCCCCAUAUCCCACGUCGGAUUGCUCAAGGGCGUGUUGCCUCUUCAGACCCACUGUUGAAACGGCUAGUUCCAAACUAGACGGACUUCGGGCAAAAGCUGCAUCUUGCUCAGAGUCAGAUGAAGAACAUGAAGCUUUAUCUCAGCGUGAGACUACUUUGAUGGUCUCGUCUCGUGACUUAACAGAUGACAUGCCGUCCCCACCUCGUUUCAUGGAUAACACUUUGAAGACGCCGCCGUAUUCCAGCCCAGAUGAGGUCCAGUACUCGGCUCACCAUAAAGUGGAGGAAUUUCACCCUUCACACUACACCAAGAGGGAACAGAUAUUGGUCUACCCCAACCUGGGUGAGUUCACAUCCGUCUCCCGCUCCAGCUUGGAAGAGACGGUGAUCAUCACAGCCGACCCCGAAGGUUGCACGAGAGACGUGAAACUCACGGGCAGAGAGCCAACGGAAAGCCGAGCGGUGGACAGUCAACACGUCAAUGAAGGAGGUGGCUCUGAACUGAGGAAUGAUAAACUGUAUUACAACACAAAUAGCUUUAGCAGUUGCGUGAGUCUACAGAAUGCCAUGUCCAGCCACCAGAAUUGGGAUUCGGUCGAGAAAGUUAGACUCUACAUGGAUUUGGCGAGUCGCCUUAAUUCCGAAGCUAAAGAGUCUGCAGCGGUGAAGAUCGAGAGCCCGUCGUCAAAUAACGGAGAGACCUCUUUCAUUGCCAGACCGGACAGUUCCGUGAAGGUCGAGCCAGAGCCAUCCAUGGACAUCUCCGAAGACGAGGAAGGGACGGAAGACGAUUUAAUUGUGGAGAUGGUGACUGAAGGUCCGCCGCCUUUGAGCCCGGCCGACCUUACCAGCUCGAAUGAAGUGGAACGCAAUUCCCAGAGUUAUAAGACCAAGUCCGACUGCGACAGUAGCUGCAUGAAGGUCGAGUGCAACAGUGUGAGCUCCGGAAACGGAGAGUGUUCAGAGGAUGCCAAGAGCAGCAGCGAACAGGAGAGCGAGGAGAGUGAAACCAGCUCGGAUUCGGACGAUGGCAGCGUCCCCAGGAACCGCUUGCAGUCUGUUGUGAUCGUCCCGAAGAAUUCCACCCUGACUUUGGAGGAGAGGGUCCUGAUGUCCUCUCCGUCCUCGUCUACUCGAGUUAAUCAGCAAGAGAAGAGGCAUUUGGGCAUGGAAGGCAGCAAGCCCAGCCAGGGACAUCAGCCAAAUGGUGUUGAACUUGGGAGUGUCCCGCAGGUACUGGACGGUGACCUUGGUCAGGGUGGCGACGUCGUUCAUGGGAUCCACUCCCCCUCAUCAUCACCACCGCCAGCACCGGAGGAGCAACCCCAAGCUUCCUCAAGCCAACUUUCACCGGUGAGCGAGAGCCACAAGAGCUGCAAGCAGCAGUUGUCGACGGACAAGGCCGACAGCACCAGCCAACCCGAGAGGUUCCCCCUCGUCCAAAACCAGCUCCCUCCCACAAGCGAGGGACUUGGCUCGGCGGAGUCGGCAAGCACGGCCGCCACGGCGGAGAGGCACCAGCAAUCGGCCGGCGGCCACUUGCCUGGUUUAACGGCGGCACAGAACAGCGCCCAGCCGUUUCGUGCGGUGGAGAUGGGUGCCGGAGAGAAGCCGGACAGCCGGCAGGCUGCCCCGUGGCCCCAAGAGCAGGCCCAGGAGCGGAGAUCAUAUCGCAGCCCAGAGUACUUGAAACGCCUGGACUGGGACCCGGCUCAGGCUGAAGCUCCCAGCAGCAGUUGUCAGCAGCCAGACAGCAGCUACGGGUUGUACCGCAAGUACCGCUUCCAAACCGAGGAGGCGGACCUGCCAAACAGGAGCGAGAGCUGGCACGGCAACAGAGCAGCUUACUGGGACCCCAGGCUGAGCGCCAAAUCGGUCAUCUACAAUAGCUACCAGUUGGUUCAAGACAUCUCCGGCUCGGAUGCUCAAGGUCAGGUCCAACCCGAUUCCAUGACGGACGACUUUGCCAGCUACAACAACUGGGAGACGGUCAACCGCGACCCGCGCUGCGUCCCCAAGGGCGUGAGCUCCCUGCAGGCCCACGAAAUCACCAGCAACUCCAGCAAGGGGACCACCCUGGUGCUGAAGGCCAGCGACUCGACGGCGGAGAAGGAGUCCAGGGUCAAGGAGCUGGAGAAGAAGUCUGACGACGAGCAGCGGGAGGAGGAGUGCCACAAGCCCCAGGCGGAGGAGGUGGACACGGACCUGGAGUGCGACGCGGACACCCGGUACUUUGAGCAGGUCCACACCCAUCCCCAUCCACUGGUCACAACGCCCACCACAGAGUGGGCCACUCUCAUCUGCAAGAUGGAGACAUUCAAAAGCUCUCAGUGGUGGAAGGAGCAGUCAAAGUUGGCGAUGAUGCCACCUUACUUCGAAUUAAUUGAUGAAAACUUGUACCUGACGGAGAGGAAGAAGAGCAAGUCUCACCGGGACAUCAAACGUAUGCAGUGUGAGUGUGUGCUGCCACGGGAGGAUCGGGAGCGCGGAGAGCUGGCCUGUGGCGAGGAUUGCCUCAACCGCUUACUCAUGAUAGAAUGUUCGUCAAGGUGCUUACACGGGGAGUACUGCACUAACCGGAGGUUUCAGAGACGGCAGUACGCAGACGUGGAUGUUAUCCUGACUGAGAGGAAAGGCUGGGGACUACGAGCCGAUAAAGAACUGUCAGUGAAUAGCUUUGUCCUGGAGUACUGCGGGGAAGUGCUGGACCACAAGGAGUUCAAGAACCGUGUUAAGGAGUACGCCCGCAACAAGAAUAUCCACUACUACUUUAUGGCACUGAAAAACGACGAGAUCAUUGAUGCGACUCUGAAAGGAAACUGCUCUCGUUUCAUGAACCACAGCUGUGAACCCAACUGUGAAACUCAAAAGUGGACGGUGAAUGGACAACUGCGGGUUGGAUUCUUUACCACCAAGACAGUCGCGGCUGGUGCAGAGCUCACCUUCGAUUACCAGUUUCAGCGAUAUGGGAAGGAAGCUCAGAAAUGUUUCUGUGGGUCGGCGAACUGCCGCGGUUACAUUGGCGGUGAGAACCGGGUCAGCAUUCGUGCCGCCGGUGGCAAGGUGAAGCUGAAGGAUAAGGAUCGGUCCCGGAAGAAGGACUCGGUGGAUGAAGAACUGGAGGCCUUCUUGGAAAAUGGCGACGGCUUGUGUGACUCGGACCAAGUGCUCAGCUUAACCCGGUUGAUGGUACGCAUCGAGACAAUGGAGCAGAAGUUGACCUGCCUCAAGAUCAUACAGAACACACAUUCGCAGAGUUGCUUGAAGUCCUUCCUGGAGUAUCACGGAUUGUCCUUGCUGUGGAUCUGGAUGACAGAGCUGGGCGAUAGCCGAGGGAAUUCCAGCCAUAACAUCAAGCUGCAGACGGAAAUGAUGAGGACUCUGGAGCUGUUGCCGAUUGCCACCAAGAACAUGCUGGAGGAGAGCAAGCUGCUGCCCAUCAUUCAGCGCUGGGCCCAGACCAAGGUGUCCGCUCCGCAGGUCAGCGAGGCCGACGGCUACUCCAGCGAGAACACGUCGCGCGCCCAGACGCCGCUCAACACGCAGGAGUCCUCCGGGCUGAAGCAGAGCGGCGAGGCCGAGGCGGACACGCCCAAGAAGCUGGUCAUGCGGCGGCUGAAGAUCAUGAGCGAGAACAGCAUGGACAGCGGGCUGUCGGACACCAGCAAAGCCUCCGACGGGGAGGUCGAGGUGAAGGAGGCAAAGGAGGAGGCGACGGCGACGGCGGUGACGGUGGAGCCAUCGCCGGGCCUCGCCGCCCCCGCCGCUGACGAGGAGGAGGCGGUGCCGAGCGAGGCGGCGGCCGACGAGACGGAACCGCAGGACGCGGCGGUGAAAGCCGCCAUCGGCAGCAAGCUGGAGGAGGGGGCCGUGGCAGAGACUCCCUCGCAGGACGAGGAGGAAGGCGUGUCCGACGUGGAGAGCGAACGCAGCCAGGAGCAGUCGUGCAAGAUGGAGGACGUGAGCGAGCUGGCCACAAAGCUGCUUGACGUCUGGAAGGACCUGAAGGAGGUGUACAGAAUUCCCAAGAAGGACAGAAGCCAAACAGAAAGAGAAAGUAUUGAGCGCGGCAGGGACGGGACGUCACAGAAGGAUGCUUCCCAAACGCCAAAGACUCCAGUCAACUCCGGCAAAGAGAAGGAUGCCGACAAAUCACUCAGCAAAGAUCGGAAGAAGCGCAGGCCCACCACCUCCCCUCCUCCCUCGGCGUACGAGAGAGAAGGCCUGAAGAGACCGGUCCCAGAUGAGAGGUACGAGGGAGCAACACCAGCCAAGAAGAAGAAAACCAGGAGCAAACUCUCCACUGAGGAGCGGAGGAAACUCUUUGAGCAAGAGGUGGCUCAGCGGGAAGCCCAGAAACAGAACCUGUACCUGGUGCAACAACAGCAGCAGCAGCAGAUCCAGCCCAUCGGUGUGGGCCCGCCGGUGCCUUACGACGGCAGCGCCGCCUACCCCAACUCCCACCAGAACUUUGCCCUCUACCCCCCGGGCUACCCGCUGCAGACGUACGUCGACCCGGUCAACCCCAACGCGGGCAAGGUGCUCCUGCCCACGCCCAACUUGGAGCCGCUGUGCCAGGCACCGAUGGGCUACGAGCAGCCUUUGCUGGGGGAGACGAUGGGCGCUGCGCACCCCGCCGCGCAGCACCUCUCCCCACCGGUGGACAUGCCGGGCCCGCAGUACCUGGCGCCCACCCCAGCCGUCAUUCCCCAGGACCCCAGCGUGGCGGUCAUCCAAGUGCCCGCGCCCCCGACCACCGGGCAGAGCUACGGCGUGUGGGACCCCAGCCAGCAGUCUCUCGCCGUGCACCAGCAAUACGCCAGCGGGCAGUCGCAGGCUCCCAUCUACUACCAGGGGCAGCCGUGCCAGGCCGUCUACAGCAUCUCCUCGCCCUACGGACAGGCCACGCAACAAAUCGUCCAGAGUUACCCUCAGUCGAGUCCAGAAUGUGCUCAGGGGCAGCAGUGUUUCCUGGCUCAUCCGCAGAGCUCCGUCACACAGCCCGCCGCGGGGAUGCUGGUGACCACGUCUGCCCAGUCCUACCAACAGCCUGGGCAGCCACAGACUGCGCAGCAGCUGCAGCCAAACAGUAUAUCAACAUCGGAUUGGAUGGAUGUUUUUGCCGUAAAGAAUCACAGUUUACGGCUGUUAGAGGAGUUGAUCAUCGUCAACAACCUUCUCGACCUGCCGCCGCCUUCACCGCCAAAGCCAAAGACCAUCGUGCUCCCCAACAACUGGAAGACGGCGCGGGAUCCCGAGGGAAAGAUUUACUAUUACCACGUGAUAACCAGGCAAACGCAGUGGGACCCACCACUGUGGGACGGAGGCAGCGAUGACAUGAGUGUGGGUCACGAGGCGGAGAUGGACCUGGGGACGCCCACGUACGAUGAACAUCCAGCCAAGGAUCCGAUGCUGACGGAUCGUCACGGAGCAGACGGUAGUGGAGACGGGACACCCAACUCUUACAGCCAGUCAUCCAAGAUAAAGGCGAAAACGGCAGAGGCGGACACUUCGAGCGAGCUCGCCAAGAGAAGUAAAGAGAUGUUUAGGAAGGAGAUCUCCCAGUUCAUCGUCCUGUGCCUGAAUCCGUACCGGAAACCUGACUGUAAACUAGGACGAAUCGUGGCAACAGAGGACUUUAAGCACCUGGCUCGGAAGCUGACACACGGGGUGAUGAACAAAGAGCUGAAGCAGUGCAAAAACCCCGAGGACCUGGAGUGCAAUGAAAAUGUGAAGCAUAAAACCAAGGAGUACAUCAAGAAGUACAUGCAGAAAUUUGGAGCCAUUUACAAGCCUAAGGAAGAACCAGACGUCGACUGAGUAGUGAACCCCACCCCUCCAACCCCCGAGUUCUCCCUCCCACAGGUGUGCCCUAGCCUAGCGCAAAAACCAUGUGAAUCUAUACCGAGCUUCUCAAUCUCCUCAUAGCUAUCUGUAUUAUACUGUUUUAAUGCAUAUGUGAAUAUAUUGAGAAAGCAAGAACCACUUGUAGUUAACUUCCCCCCCAUUCACUCUGAUGAAUUACAUUUUUGAGGGGGAAAGGUUGUGGGGGUCUGGAUGAAUUUCAUCAUUCUCCCUCUUUAACUGUGUAAAUACUAUAAUAUUGGUUAGAGAUCAACUUGCCCUGAGUAUAUCGCCGACAGUCAGAAACAAAAAAGCUGUCGUGCUUUAAAAAAAAAAAAGAAUCAUUUUACUGUAUUAAAUUUUUACGGACUUUUUUAUGUAAAGAAAAUGUUUAAAAAAAACUUUUUUUGCUCACAAUUUAAUGUCAGCAAAAAGAGAAUUGUGACAAUAAGUGUUUUGGAAAAAAGUUUUAAAACUGUUUUUUUUUUUUUUGUUUUUUUAAAAACUUGUGCAAAAAUGAUCUGUGACUAGUACUGACUUAAAGGUUGAUGUUUUUUUUCUGUUUGGAGAGCAGGCGGUGGUGUUAAUUCACUAAGUAAAGAAAGCUUAAAGUAAAGUGUCUGGUUAAACGCGCACACUCACACGCGCACAUGCACGCGCGCACACACA